GUAUAUUAAAGUUGUUGCGCCUUGCAUGCAUGAUGAAAAGCUCCAUGCCUUCGUAGGGCUUGCCUCUCUUCUUGGAAACAAAUCGCUUCUCUAACGAUGACCCCAUUUCCCAAAAUCCCAUCUUUCCUGCUCUUCAUCGCUAUCUGCUCUCUCGUUGCCUUCAAUGCUUCGUCCGAAUCUGCCGACCAUCGAGUGCGCGAGCUUCUUGCCCUUCAAUCUAAAUCGAAAUCCGGUGUAAUUCACCUCAACGAUGAAUCCGUCUCCCGAUUCCUCACUUCCGUCGAAACCCCAAGACCCUACUGGGUCGUCGUCUUCUUCGACGCCAUUCUACUCCACAACAAUCCUGACCUCCGCCUCAAAGAUAUGCUCCGUGAAUUUGAACUCGUCGCUUCCUCCUACAUUGGCAACAGUCGACACCCUUCUUCCCUUUCACACGCGAAAUUGUUCUUCUGCAAACUCGAUUUCAGAGAAUCCAAAGAGAGUUUCUCUCUCUUCGGCGUCGAUGCCCUCCCUCACCUUCGUAUCGUUGCCCCUUAUCAAAGCCUUGAAGAUUCAUAUCAGAUUGAUCAGGGAGAUUGGUCCCGUCUCGCUGAAUCCAUGGCUGAAUUCAUUGAAAUGAAGACCAACCUCGCCGUGGGUCCAAUCCAUCGACCCCCGAUUAUUUCCAGAAACAAAUUGAUACUAAUCGGAAUCGGAUUCUUGAUCUGGUUAGUGAAGAAUAUCAUAGUGGGUCAGACAAUUCUUCACGACCCGAGGGUUUGGUUAACAGGCGCUGUUUUGGUGUACUUCUUUAGCGUUUCGGGGGCGAUGCACAACAUCAUAAGGAAGGUGCCGAUGUUUUUGGUGGAUCGAAAAGAUAGGUCCAAGUUUACGGUAUUCUACAGGGGACCAGGAAUGCAGCUUGGGCUAGAAGGUUUUUGUGUAGGGUUCUUUUAUACAAUCGUGGGUCUGUUAUUGGGGUAUGUAACACAAGCACUAGUGAAGGUUAACAAUGUGACGACGCAAAGGGUGGUUAUGAUCUUUGCGCUAUUGUUCUGUUUUUGGGCAGUGAGGUGGGUGGUGUUCUUGAGCAACUGGAAGUCUGGUUAUUCCGUUCAUGGAUAUUGGCCUUCAAGUUGGCGUGGAGAUUAGGGACGAUCCAAUAGUACUAUUCCCUUUUGUUUCUUUGCCCGCAAAGUUUGAGAAUUUUUUAGGUCAUGUAUUCUCAGUUCUCAUUGUUUAACUGAGGACAGAAUGCCUUAGAUUACUUGGCACUUGAAAGGUAAUAAACGGGAAUGUUUAGUUUUCUCUGCAUUUUUUCUGUUUGCAGGGCUUGAACUUGAGAUCUUAUAUGAUCAAAUUUUAAAAGCCUCACCUUUCUA